UCUGUUUUCGACGUUACUGUGAUUUCAACAUGUGCGUCGUCCGUGUAUUUGAUGUCAUCAUCAGGACUAUUCUUUAUAAUUUCUUUUAUAAAUGGGUCUUUUGAUGCAGCAAUCUUUUCUUGGUGCUGUGCUGGUUCUAGCAGGCAAAUAUAUUUAUAUUGAUGAGGUAAUAUUCUGAAAAAAGAUGACAAGUCAGUAAACACAACAACAAAUAACGUGAUGAUCCUUGUAAAAGAACAUACGGUCAGUGAACAUGGACUGAACAUUUUCGUGGAACAUACCAACCACAAGUUUUUACUCAUGCUUCAAAAGAAGGCUUGACACUGAAAAAAUGAGAGGUACCGAAUAAUUUCCCAUAAGAAUUAUCAUGAACAACUUUGAACAACAGUGUUAAUAUGAAAUAUGCAUCACUACACACAUUUAAAAAAUUUGUAGUAAAAAAUAUCAAUCUCACUAUUAUGAAAGGAUAUACUAUACUAACUAAUGUACGUUCUAUAAGUAAGCACGCCAUGCUUUAAACAAGAAAAUGGUUUAUACUAAACGAAAUAAUUAUGAAAGUUAUGAAAUUGAUUGUGUAUGUUCCUCAAACAAGCCAAAAAAGUUCACAAAGUCUAAGACUCCGAAUGUUAGAAAUAUAUUCACAAACAAAUACAUGGAGAACAGCUGCUCAACAGAAUCUCUCAACACAAACUUCAGCUCUAGCUUCUAUGGAGGUUCCAAACUUUCUCAGAAGAGGUCAGGAAACACCAGACCGCUCAACAGAUCCCACCAGAAAUUGUGCUGUUCUACCUACUCAGUCAAUGACUCUUUCCUCAGAAGUGAUUCACCAGUCUGCAAAGGAAAGAAAAUGUUUUUUGAUUCAACAAACAUUGACUUUCUCAACAUCCCUGAAACGGACAAACGCAUUCUGGAGAUAUUGGCUUUGAAGAAAGAACAAGAAAAAUAUAGUGAGAAACUAGCACACCAGUCCCAGCUGCUGUGGGAGAAGUCACAGAAUGAGAGAAUCAAGGCAGAAAAUGAACAAAAACAGCGAUGGCAGAAAUAUGUUAAAGAAAAGCGGAGAAGUGAUAGUUUACAAAAUUUGUUUAGAAUGGAGGAUAUAAAACAAAGUUUAAGGGAAUCGCAAAAAACUUUAGAAGAAAGCUUACGGAGACGUGAUGAUCAAAUUGCUAUGCUGAAGAAAAAAUGUGAACAAAGGAAACAAGCAGACAUUAAGGAGAAACAAUGCCAAGCAUCACUUAAGAAAGCCAUAAUUGAUGCUAACAGUAAACACAUAGAGGAUGAAACCGAAGAGUUCUUCCAGAGGCACAUUGAGGAACUCGAGGAAAAACUGAAUAGGGCUGAAUCACUGAGACGACACAGACAAGAACAAAAUCACAGGAGGGUGGCCAGUGCAAACAGGUCUGAGGAUUUACGUCAUCAAGAGAACAUGCUGGAACUUUUGGUAGAGCAAAGUCAUACAAAACAAGAGAAGCAAAAACAAUGCCGGGAACGAGAAUCACGAGCUAGAGAAAGACAUAUUUACUACAAACACAGAAGAGAAAAGAGCAUCAAACAACAGAGAGCAGAGCAGGAGGAGAGAGCAGCACAGGUGCGAGACAUGCACCGGGAGCUGAACCGUGGACUAGAAGCAUGGCAGGAUCAGGUACUGCUGUUGCAGUGGGCUGAUCACCAAAGAGCUGAAGCCGUUGUCCAAUCUCAGAAAGAACAUCGCAGGCUCAAGGUGGAAGUAGAGAACAAAGAGAGACAACUCCUUCAUGAGCAAAGAAUGAAAAAAUUGAAAGAGGCUGAGCUGUUAAAGCAACAGAGCGUCCGAGAAACUAUUAACGCUAAGGAACAAAAGAUGAUAUCACUACAGAGACGGCGAGAAAGGGAACUUCAUGAAGGAAGAGCACAAGCUCAACUAACAGCAGAAUUAAGGGAACACCUACGACGAACCCUGUCUCCGGAAACAUUUGACAGAAAAGUUGCUCGAGCUGCCUUGGAAACUCGAAUGGCAAACCGUCCAACAACAGCAAGUCCUUCCUUAAUGUCUUCCCACAUUCGUCUUGGGUAGUGUCAGACAGGAUCAAUUAACUAAAGCCUUCCAUAGUCGCACAUUUGUCAAAAAUCAUGUUGUUAAAUCAUGUAAAAAAGUAACAAACCAAAACAUUUCCAUAGUUAGUAUAAUAUGCAUCCCAACACUAAAGUAAGUUAAUGUGAUAACAAAAGUAUAAUUUCAAAUCAAUAAAACCUUCAUCCGCAAAUUAAAUUUAACAUCAAGUUACUAAAUUACACUGAAAAAUUAUUUUAACUAAUAGCUUUCAAUGUAUUAGAAAAUACAAUUGUUAUGAAAAAAUAGGCUAUUGUUAUUCUAAUAUUAACUAUCAAAUAAUUUCCAAAGAGAUAAUACGAGGAGUGUUUUUUAAGUAAGAUCCGUUUGAACAUAAGUACACAAAGAAAGGUUAUUUAAUAAAAGUAAAUUUAUUUUCAGAAAGUACAUAGGUACUUCACUCUAUUUUUCGACAUAGUUACCAAAUUUUUUCAAACACUUUUAACUCUCAACCAGUUUAAAAAUACCCUCUUCAUAAAAACUUUCCACCUGCUCCAAUAAGCAAGAGUUCAUUUCAUUUUUCACGUUGUUAUCAUCAUGUCAUCAGUAACGGUUGCCACUGAGGUGUUGUUUGCGGUGGAGGAACAGAUGGUAAUCGCUUGGCGCAAGAUAAGGACUGUAGGGAGGAUGAUCAAAAACUCCCCAGCCAAAAUUGUCCAAUAAAUCGCAUGUCUGACAUGCAGUGUGCGGUUUGCAUUGUCAUGGAGAAGGACAAUUCCUUUGUUAGCAAAAUGCCCUUUUUGUUUUGAAUCACUCUGCGUAGCUUUCUCAGGGUUUUGCAGUAUGGUUCUGCAUUGAUAGUGAUUGCAUGACGUAGACCAAUAAAACACCUUACCUAUCCCAAAACACCGACACCAUGAUUUUUUGCUGGAAAAGUGCCUGUUUGGCCUUCACCUUUACAGGUGAAUGUGUAUGUCUCCAUUUCAUGCUCUGUUGCUUUGAUUCGGGCAUGAUAUGUGAAACCCAUGUUUCGUCUCCAGUUAUGAUAUAACUCAAGAAGUCGUCACCUUCUUUGUGAUAAUGAGUCAAGAACUUUAUCGCACACUCAAAUCUUUGAUUUUUGUGGUCCUCUGGAGUUUUGGGACUCAACAUGAGCACAGUUUCCUAAACUUAAGGUGUUCAGAAGCACUUUAGGUGUUGUAAAGAACUGAUCUCAACAUGUUUGAGAAGAACAUUUGUUUGAGAGACCUGUUAUCACGAAUCCUCACUUCAAUUGAAGCCACCAAAUCGUCUCUAACCAAAGAAUGGCAACCGGAGCUGUCCUAAUCAUGGAUGUUUUCACGGCCAUCUUUAAAUUGUCAUACUCACUUAUGCACUUUGCUUUCACUCAUAACAGUAUCACCACACGCUUCGCAAAUCAGUCGAUGAAUUUUUGCUGUAGGCAGGUUCCUUGCUGACAAAAACAGUAUCACUUGAGUGCACGUCACACGCGGCAGGUGUGUUGAUGGUUUUUUAACAUUUUGAAAGCACAGAACAGAACCAUAAAGGUUAGCUACAGGGUUAAAAUUGAGCACAGUUGUUCCCGGGGCAUGCCGGUACACGACGCACUCGGUCAUUGCGGUAUGCACGUGAACUACUAUUGUCUACAAUUAAAUAGAUCUUACUUAAAAAUUACACCUUGUAUUUAUAACCUAACAAAAGAACUAUGAAAUGAGUUACAAUUUUAGUAAUUUUGUUUUAUGUAUUAUUUAAUGUUGUUCUGCACACAAAAGACAAUACAAAUUUGUACACUUAGUUGAAUAACUUCCAAAGUUGUAUGUAUAUGAUAUAUCAAUAUUUAAUUAGACCAUUGAGAAUGUUUUUGCAUGUAGCUUUGUAGUAACAACAAAUUUUUACUUUUUACAAAACUUCAGCAUGUUUAGAUUUAAAAUAAAAUCUUUUUAUUUAAAUGACAUAUAAUUACCUUUUUAAAUUUGUUCAAAAAUAUUUUCACAUCUCUUUCAUAGUUUGGCUCUUGUAGCUAAUUUAUUUUAAAUGUUCAAAAACUAAGAGCAUUUAAGACUUAUAUCCUUAUUAACUGAUAAUUGUAGUAUAGAUAUUAUACUACAAUUAUCAGUAUUUAGAUUUUUUUAAAUAAAUAAAAUCUAUAAAUUUUUAAAAACCAAAGAAUUUUAAGAUUUAAACCAAACAGGAUCCAUAUUAAAUUUUAAUUAAGAACUCUUAAAAUGAGAACUAAGCCCAUUAUUUUACUUAACUUGAUAUAAAUCUACAUUUAUUAGUACUUAUAAUAUUAAGUAGAGUCAAACAGCUAUUCUACUAAAUUAGAGUAGUAAUGUUUCAAGAUAAUAAGGGAUGACAGAAUCUACAACUGUGUGGGGUUUAAGUAAGAACAAAUGUGCACUAUUUAGGACGAUAUUGGCCAGCCUCAUACCAAUUGAUUAUGUAAGACCUGGACAUUUUCAAUGGAAAUUGCAAGCAAAAUACUAUUCAAUCCUAUUUAUUGAUAUGCACUUCCUUAGAUCUCGUUGACCAAAAGUACUUCGAGAACAUAAGCUUGAGGUAGCAGAAUUUGAAUGACUUUGGUUUAUUAUUGUAUGAGUGCUAUAUAAAUAGUAAUGACUAAUAGUGCUGCCAGGCAGACAAACAUAUAAUGUUAUCAGCUUAUUCAAAAGGUACAUUUACAGAAAAAUCUUAAUCAAUCAAUCCAGUAACGUGAUUGUGGGAUAAUCAUACAGACUCAAUUUGGAUGGAUAAACAGAUCACAUAAUGUGUUGAUCAACAUAUUUUCACAAGGAGCAUACAUAGUCUACAGAUCACAUAAUGUGUUGAUCAACAUAUUUUCACAAGGAGCAUACAUAGUCUAUCUGUUUAUAAGGAGCACUCAUGCCAAAAAUUGCGGAAAGUAGAGAUGGAGUGGUGGAAAUUUUAUUUAAGUUCAAAUACAGACCUAUUUUUCAAUUAAAUUUUAGUUCAGAUUCUAGGAUUUGUUAGAAUGGAUUGAUUCAUAGAAUAUUGUUUAUUAUGAAACAAAUAAGUUGUUUCAUUCAUGCCUAAUAUUUAUAAACAUAACAUUUUCUAAAUCCAGGAUGAAUAUAAAAUAUCAAAAUAAAUUAAAAUUAGCUUUAAAUUAUGUACUUUAUACAUGAUCUAACAGUGAAGAGAAAACAUGUUGUAGACUUGUUGAUACCAGUAUUUUCUGUAAAUAUUGAUAAGUUAAAAUAAAAUAUAUUUAUUGACUGAUAA